AUGGGCUCCAUCGCUCUGGAGAUAUUCGGGAUGUCCAUCAGCAUCAUCGGCUGGGUCGGGGUGAUCCUGACCUGUGCCCUCCCCAUGUGGCAGGUGUCCGCCUUCAUAGAGCAGAACAUCGUGGUGGCUCAGUUCAUCUGGGAAGGGUUGUGGAUGUCAUGUGCGGUGCAGAGUACGGGUCAGAUGCAAUGCAAAGUCUAUGACUCCAUCCUAGCCCUGCCCAAGGAGCUCCAGGCUGGACGGGCACUCACAGUCAUGGCAUCUAUCGUGGGCUUGAUCGGACUUAUGGUGACCGUGGUGGGAGCUCAGUGCACGGUCUGCUACCAGGGCAGCAAGGUGAAGAGCCGAAUAUUGUUCGCUGGAGGAAUCCUCUACAUCGUGGCCGGCCUCCUGGUCCUCAUCCCCCUGUGCUGGACCGCCAACAUCGUCAUCCGGGAGUUCUACGACCCCCACAUCCCAUCCUCCAAGAAGAGGGAGAUGGGGGCUGCCCUGUAUGUGGGCUGGGCGGCUACCGCCCUCCUGCUCUUCGGGGGCGUGCUCCUCUGCCUCUCCUGCCCAAUGAAAGGCCAGUUCACCCCACCUGUCAGAUACUCUGCCUCUAGGAGACCCACCUCAAACGGGGAGUAUGACAAAAAGAACUAUGUAUAA